CAUGCGCUAGUCCGUCACGCGGUAAGCUACCGCGCAGCGCGAUAAAUCUACCACGCCACCCCCACAAAUUACUCCCAAGGGGGUGUGGUCAGAGUAGGUAGCUAAAAUAGGUAAAUAAAUAAAUCAUCAGCUAUUAAUUUUUUGUUGAUGAUUUAAUCUCAACUACUCCCAUUUAAUUGAUUACUUAUCAACUGCUUUUGCAAUGGACUCCUCCACCUUAUCGCAUGCCAUCAUUCCUGCUGCAGACAAGUUGAAGCUUUGGAACGUCUUUCGCAACGUGGGAGCGGAAGGAGAAGAGAUUUUGAAGACAGCGAAAUUGGUCCAUGUUCACGACAAGGAAGGAUUCGUCGUCACCAACACGGAUGAAACGUAUCAUUUGACUCCAGAAACUACCCUAAUUCCUGAAUUGUGCGGCGUUCGGGUGAAAGAAUUUGUUGUUGGAUCAAUUAACCUCGCAAUUACGGACGACGGACUCAGUGGUGCAGUAAAUUCCGCUCAGCUAAGACAUCAAUUAAAAAGCAAAUGGAGCAAUUAGGACGCUUCUCUUAUUUCGUGGAGGAUGGGUGCACGCCGAAACAAGUGAAUCUGAUGAAGAUGAAAGUACGGCAGGUAGCCUUGCAAGGGGUGAGAAAGGGGCGCGUCGUGGCGUUAACAGUGAGAGGAGAUGUUUAUCACUGGGGAACAAUUGGUGGCAUAAUCAUCAGGGCGCCUAGGUUGAUGGACAAGAAAGAAUGGAAUUUUGUAAUGGGCAAGGAUUUUUGGAACGCUAUCUCGGUGGGGAGGAGUUUUGGGGCAAAUUUUGUUCUCACAGACCGAGGAAAGGAAUGUAUGAACA